AUGAAUACAAUUAAAUGUUUCUGUUUAGAAUGGUCCUUUACCGGUAAUAUGCAUAUUGCACGACGAGAUCACACAGCAUCCGUACUGUCAAAUGGAAAAGUAUUAGUUGCUGGCGCAAUGGGUGCUGAAAAAAGUACUGAAUUGUAUGAUCCAUCAACAAGUACUUGGACAACUACUGGUAAUAUGAAUAAUAUACGAGUUGAUCACACAGCAUCUCUAUUAUCAAAUGGAAAAGUAUUAGUUACUGGUGGAUUAGCUUUUAAUGUUUUAAAUAGUGCUGAGCUGUAUGAUCCAUCAGCAGGUACUUGGACAAAUACUGGCAUUAUGAAUAAUGUACGACGAAUGCACACAGCAUCUGUAUUAUCAAAUGGAAAAGUAUUAGUUGCUGGUGGAAACAAUGGUGGAUGGAUUAACUAUCUCUUAAAUAGUACUGAGUUGUAUGAUCCAUCAACAGGUGUUUGGACAACUACUGGUAGUAUGACUAAUGCACGACAUUUUCACACAGCAUCUGUAUUAUCAAAUGGAAACGUAUUAGUUACUGGUGGAUGGAACGGCAAUAUUACUAUGUAUAGUGCUGAAUUGUAUGAUCCAUCAACAGGCACUUGGACAACUACUGGUAACAUGAAUAAUGCACGAAGUGGUCACUCAGCAUCUUUAUUAUCAAAUGGAAAAAUAUUAGUUGCUGGCGGAGCUGGAGCUUAUAAUAUCCUUGGUUUAAAUAGUGCAGAGUUAUAUUAA